AUGGUCAAGCCGGGUGCGGGUUUUUCUAGCGUGGUCGCUGGCAUUGGGGAUCUGGUUGGUGAUUUUGGUGUUCGGGAUCAUGUUGUUGUUAUGGCCGGGACGAACGACGCUGACUCUGAUUAUGCUAUUCGUGAUGCGCUAGAAACAUGCAUAGGGGCAUUUAGAUCAACACCGACAAAUGCGUUAUUAACAGAAGCAGGAGAACCUCCUCUGAGCAUAAGAAGAGAGAUUCUAGCAAACAGAUUCUUGAUGAAAAAACUUAAUGGAUCAUGUAAAUUAUUACCCGAACAGUUAGAAAAACUAGCAAGAUUACAUUACUCCACACGCUACUGGAUAAACAAACCAGCUCCAUCACUAAUAAAUAGUUUUUAUACAAUUAAACCUCACGAAGAGAACAUCAUAAUCAAUGAUAAAACUCCAUAUUAUAUCUACCCACCGCUAAACGACUACAUUAAACCAUACAUCGAUAUAGAUAAGAGCACAAAUAUAGCAAACACGGACAUUUAUAUCCGUGAAUUAGAACUUCAUAUCAACUCAAAUUGGCCGGAUUAUUUGCAAAUAUAUACGGAUGGCUCUAAAACAUCAGAGGGAACCGGAUGUGCCAUACAUAUUCCAAGAAUCCAUUACAGUAACAAAGUAAGACUUCCAAACUAUACAUCCAUAUUUUCAGCGGAACUUAUAGCGAUAUACACUGCAGUAAAAUAUGUGAAUGACAAUAAUAUUAACAAAUCUUUGAUACUAAGUGACAGCAAAUCAAGUCUAACAGCCAUAAAACACGCCAAUAAACAUUCAAAUAUAAUAAUAUACAAAAUUAUAGAAAUCAUAAAGAAAAUCAAUACUGAUGAUAAAUCCAUGAUUCUUCUUUGGAUAAGAGGUCAUUCUAAUAUAAAAGGCAACGAGAUGGCAGACAAUCUAGCUAAAGAAGCGUGCACGAGCGGCGAUCAAUUUGCAAAAACGUCUGCGCUAGAUUUAAAACAUUUAAUAAAACAACAAGGUUUGGAACUAUGGCAGAAGUCUCACUCAGAAACUACAAAGGCAAAAGGAUUCACAUAUGCACUGACGAGAGAGAUUGUUUCACCAAACACAUGGUUUAAAAACAUAGAAGAAAGUCGAAAUUUUAUAACAGUAAUCUGCAGAUUGAGACUCGGACACUCCUACUGCAAAUCGCAUCUGAAGAGAAUUGGUAUCUUACAGGAUCCAAAGUGUGACUGUGGAAGCCUAGAAACACUCGAUCAUUUAUUUUGGGAAUUUCCUUAUCCUCAUGUAGGAAUCUUUUCCGACAAUAUAACAUUCUCACCGUUCCCUGUAUAUUUUUACUAA